CACAGUUGCCAGAUUACGGAAAUGAAACUAAUCAUUCACCCGAUGUUGAUGUUAUUUGCUAUAAUUGCAACUCAGGUGAACGGAGGCUUGGGUGAUGUUACGUUACGUAAUUCAUCGGGAGAAAUCACAUAUGAUAGCGUGAACGCAUCCACAUCGUGGAAAUUCCCUGCUGAAUAUAAGGACAACCACACGCUCUUUAUAUUUGUCAAGAGUGUGUCUAUGGAAACCCCUGCUGGAGUCUGCUCAGGCUGGUUAUAUUUGCCAGGAUUCGGUUGGACAUGCUGGGAACCCAGAACAAAAUGUCUGUUUUAUCAACCUUUCGGAUGUAUGUUGCAGAAUACGGCCUCGCUCACUGGAUCAAAGAUAGACGAUGUGGUUUGCGAUGAAUACACGUGGUUUCGUCUGUCAAGAAUGCCAGCGGAUAUUAGUAUAUAUAGUUCGUCCAAUUAUGAGAAAUUUGUUCAAAUCCAGUACAAGUAUCUUGAAUGCCCGAUGAUGGAGAACAAACACUCUACAACGGUAACUGACUCAUCUACCGAUCAGACUUUAUCUGUGACGGCAAAUGACGUAACAGUCGACAAUUCACCACAGAUGCUCAAUGGUAGAACCGAACUGAUUGCUGGCCUUGCAAUCGCUAUCGGAUUACUUGUCAUAUCGUGGGUGGUGUUCGGAGUCGUAAUUAUACGAAACCGGUCAAAGGCCACCUCACGCAACCCGGAUGUCAAAGAAACUGAGGCGGAAGAAUCAAACACCCGGGAAAUCGUGGUCAAUGCCAUAUAUGGAGAAAAUUUCGACAGAAUGGGAGACGAUUCGCAGCAGACUAGCUCGAGUGCUGUGUAUAGCAUGGUCCAGAAAUAACUAGCUUACAACUUCCUUACCAGACAUAUGAUCCAGCCGUUGGCUCUU